AUGGGCUAUUCUAUGGCACAGAACCUCCGAGCGAAGAUCCCAGAGGCUGAUACCCUGACCGUCUUCGACGUCAACAAGUCUUCACUGGAGAGGUUCUCAAAGGAGGCGGUCCCAUCGAACGUCGUCCUCGCCCAGAACCCACGGGAAGUCGUUGAGAACUCGGAUUACAUUGUCUCGGCACUGCCAGAGCCCCAGCAUGUCAAAUCCGUGUUCGAGGAAGUCCUUGCUACCUCACUCCCCAAUCCCCCAUCACAGAGCACGAGAAUCUUCAUCGACUCGUCCACAAUUGACCCAACUACUUCGAGAGAAGUGGCCAAACUCGUGAAAGAGAAGGCUGGAGCCAAGUUUGUGGAUGCUCCCAUGUCAGGAGGUGUGGUCGGAGCUCGAGCAGGAACUUUGACGUUCAUGAUUGGAGCAGAGAAGGAGGAUGUUCCUACCCUCAGAGAAAUCCUACUGCUGAUGGGUAAAAAAGUCUGGCAUAUGGGGCCACAAGGGACUGGUUUAAGCGGCAAGCUUGCCAACAACUAUGCCCUUGCCAUCAACAAUAUUGCCACCGCAGAGGCCAUGAAUCUUGGCAUGAAAUGGGGUAUCGAAGGCAAGGCUUUGGCUGAUCUCAUCAACUCUGCUACGGGGAAAUGUUGGCCUAGCGAGAUCAACAACCCAGUCCCGGGCGUGAUUGAAACAGCACCAGCCAGCAGAGACUACGAAGGUGGAUUUGGAGUGAGCCUUAUGAACAAGGAUCUUCGACUUGCCAUGACAGCAGCAUCCGAGGCUGGAGCCAAGCUGGUCCUCGCGGAAAAAGCAAAGGAAGUCUAUGAUGAGACGGAGAAGGCUCAUAAAGGCAAGGAUUUCUCCGUAGUAUAUAGGUGGCUAGGCGGAAAGGAAUGA